AAAAAUAUGGCAGAAAUUAUUAGCAAAGAAUUUACUAAUAGAAUUAAAUAGAUUUUGAAUGACUAAUGAAAAUGUCGGAUCAAUUAUAUGAUAAUCCAGUGAUGAAUAAAAAUAUAUCUGAGAUUAGUAUGAAUACAACAAAUAAUUGUAAUGAAGUUCCUGCACAUCACAUACUGUUUCAAAUGGCAAACAUUUGUUUUGUACUGUCAUAUACUCUACCAAAUAGCAAAUAUUGUAUUUUAAUAAUGCAUUCAGUGUUGGCAUUGGCAUCACUGUUGAUGUCUGUGUGGGCCUGGAAUUUGAUCUGUGGUUCGGGAGUAAUGACAUGGAAUAUGACAUUUAUGUUCAUCAAUCUGAUCCAAACAUUUUACUUAUUAUAUACUAUGAGACAAAUCAAAUUUUCUAAAGAAUUAGAAGAAAUAUACCAAAGUUUGUUUGAACCGGUGAUGAUAUCGAGGACUAUAUUUAAAAAGUUGGCCGCAAUCGGACAGAUCAUGAUAUUACAUGCGGGAGAAGCAUAUGCUAUGGAAAGUCUAACCAAAACUGAUAGAUUGGGACUUCUUAUUAGUGGAAAAGUUAAUGUGAUAUCUGGUAAUCAUUUUCUGCAUUGUAUUGAAAGUAAACAAUUUUUGGAUUCGCCUGAAUUUGAGUCCAGUAAGUUAGGAAGUGAUGACAAAUUUAAAGUAUCACUGAUUGCGGCCACUUCUUGUCGGUAUAUCUUCUGGCAAAGAGAAUCACUUGAAUUUCUGUUAUUCAAACAACAAUAUUUAGCAAAUAUUUUAAGUCUUAUAUUAUCGCGUGAUAUAACUAAUAAACUCUAUGCCAUGAAUGAAAAGAUAGUGGCUGAUAAGGGAUCUCAGUUGGACAUACGUUUGCCGAUUAUAAUAACUUCUUUAUGCAAUUCAGUCUCAAGUGUUGAUCAACAAAAUGAAUCACCGAUUACUUCCAGGACACCAUUGCGUGAAAAGGAUCAAAUUGUUUCACCAACUGCUGUCUAUAAAGGGGCCCGAAGUAGAAGUUUGCAAACUAAUAGUUUGGGUUUGGCUGUAAGUCCAUCACCACGUGUGACCACACGGGCUAGUGCUCUAAAAUUGUCACCAAAAAAGGAUUUUAUUGAAUUGAAAGAUAUUAUUACUGAAGAAACGGAUAUCGAUAACAAUAAUAAAAAUACAUCAACAGCUCAGGGCGUUAAAUUCAAGUCAUAUAAUUCAUAA